AUGAGUCUUUCACCAUCGUCGUUUCUGACUUCAAGGGCUCAAAUCGAUAUUGCCUACAAACUUCAUCCUUCAGAAAAGGAUCCUAUUUGGCAUAGACAUGAACUCCUUCAUCCUACCAAGCCUUUUAUCAAUCCAUAUAUUCAGGUCACCGCAAAAUGUGAACGUCACAGUGACAAUAAAGGAGGUUAUCUCUUGACCCUUUCUGUCAAGGCUCUGAAACAACCUCUCGAGCUAAACUAUUUUGAAGCCACCUACUUGGCCGAUUUGAAGGAUCAACGUAUGUUGGCCAACGGUUUCCAAAGUUGGAGUCAAGCGCGUGAAUUUUCAAAAAAUGACAAGAUCCCCGGUAUUCGUUCAGGCAUCGCUUGGUAUACGCAGUUUAACCUUCAAGGUGAUUAUGAUAUCUUUCAACAUUCUGGAGAAAAGGGUUUGAUUCACUCGAGCAGCUACACUCACUUCCGUGACGUAAACAACGUUCUUUCCUUCUUUGGCUCGAUUUCAGAAAAUAUGGGUUACACUUAUUUCAAGGGCGACUUUAACAAAAAUACCUUGGGCAUCUACAAAGACGUCUUUGGCAAAAGAUUGGAGGUGGGAGAAGAGAUCGACCUCGUCAAAGUGUUUAUUGCCCAAGGAUUGGAUGCCGAAGCAGCUAUUUGGGAUUCUUACGCAGAAUUUUAUGAGGAUCGCCGUGCUAUCAAGAGCGACCCAUCCAAUACCAACAUCAAAUCAGCCGAUAAUAAAAAGCGCCACGUCAAUGGAUGGACAUCAUGGUAUAAUUAUUACGGCGAUGUGACUGAAGCCAUCAUCCAUGAGAACGUCGAAGCACUUCAAAAGCACAAAUACCCCAUCAACAUUUUCCAAAUCGAUGAUGGCUUCCAGACCGCUAUUGGUGACUGGUUAUCCAUCAACGACAAGUUCCCUAGCGGCAUGAAGGCUGUAGCGGAAAAGAUCAAACGGGCAGGUUUCAAAGCAGGUCUUUGGCUAGCUCCUUAUGCUGUAGGAUUCACAAGUCGUAUCGUCAAAGAACACCCAGAUUGGUUGAUCAUUGACCCUGACACACGUAAACCCGUCGUGGCAGGCCCCAAUUGGGGAGGAUUUUACGCUCUGGAUAUGUAUCAUCCCGGAGCACGCAGCUAUCUCAAAGAAGUAUUUGAUACAGUCUUGCAAGACUGGGGUUUUGAUAUGCUUAAACUCGAUUUUUGCUUUGCAGCGGCCAUGAUCCCUCGUCAGGGCAAGUCCCGUGGUGAGAUUAUGUGGGAAGCAAUGGACCUCGUCCGUGAUCUCGUCGGCCCUGAAAAGUUAAUUCUUGGUUGUGGCGUACCUCUGGCCAGCGCCUUUAGAAAAGUAGAUUAUUGCCGUAUCGGCUCAGAUGUGGCUCCUUGGUGGGAAGGUAAGCAUCACAACUGA